AUGGCAAGGGGAGCUCAAGGCCCGGCCUCUCCUCUCCUUCUCCUGCUCUACGACCACCGCCGCCGCCGCCGCUCCUCCCGAUUCGUCCACUCUUCGGCCUCCCCUCCGCCUCUGACGCUGCUGCGGCCACCCACUGCAGAAGGGAGGAUUUCACUCUACCACCCUCGCCUUCGCCCCCUCCUCUCCUGCCGGACCUUGAGGCAGCUCCUCCAGGCUCACGCCCACCUCAUCACCUGCGGACUUUUCUCCCGCGAUUCGUUCGCCGCCAGCCGUGUCCUAAAAGUCGCCGCCGACCUCGGCUGCCUCGAGCACGCGACCCUCGUCUUCCGCCACAUCCGCCCGGCCCCAGACGCCUUCUGCUCCAACACUCUGCUCAAGGCGAAGUCCAGGUCCCCCGCCCCCCUGCAGGCCGUCGCUUUUUACUUCGAGUUCGUGGGGGAAGGAUUCGCCCACAACAGCUUCGCCUUCCCACCUCUCCUGAACGCGUGCGCGAGGAUUCAGUCCCUCGGCGACGGCGAGAAGUGUCACGGCCAGGCGAUGAAGAAUGGGGUCGACGGCGUCGUCCACGUUCAGAACGCCCUGAUCAACAUGUACGCGAGCUGCGGCGCGGUGAACCGUGCCCGCUUCCUGUUCGAUGGGAUGACCCUCAAGGACUUGGUCUCCUGGAAUUCAAUGGUGGACGGGUACGUGAAGUGUGGGGACCUGCCCAGUGCGCGCAGCUUGUUCGAUCACAUGCCCGAGAGGAACGUCAUCUCAUGGAACAUUAUGAUCUCUGGGUGUUUGAAGGGCAGAACGCCAGAACGCGGAUUGGAGCUGUUCAGCGAGAUGGUUAAGGCCGGGCUGAGAGGGACGACGACGACGAUGGUGAGUGUGAUCACGGCGUGUGCUCGGCUAGGUAGGCUCAAGGAAGGCCGGUCGAUUCAUGGGUUCUGCAUUAGGAACUUUGUAGAGCUGAACCUCAUACUUGAGACUGCUCUGGUUGACAUGUACAGUAAAUGCUUGAAGCUGGGCUCUGCAAGAUCAGUAUUCGAUGGGAUCCAGUCGAAGAAUUUGAUAUCCUGGAAUGCGAUGAUCUUGGGGCAUUGCAUCCAUGGACGCCCAGAAGAUGGGCUCUCAUUGUUUGAAGACAUGGUGACGAGAGGUGCGGUUCUCCUCGGUUGAUGUCUCCUAGUUGCUUGCUUGCGCCACCUUGCUCCUGAUUUAAUUAACUUUGAUCUAAAGUUUGAAUCCCUCUCCAUUUUUAUUUUUAUUUUUUUUAUGAAGGUUCUAAACAGGAGGAAGAGACUGAUCGGCACCAUGAGCGGGCAGAAGAUGCAGGAAUUUCACCGGACGAAGUGACCUUUGUUGGCAUCCUAUGUGCUUGUUCUCGUGCUGGCAUGUUGACCGAGGGGAAGAGGUACUUCGACAAGAUGGUGGAGACUUACAGCAUCACGCCCUCUUUCGCUCACUACUGGUGCAUGGCCAAUCUCUAUGCUGGUCUUGGGCUCGUCGAAGAAGCGGAGGAACUCUUGAGAACCAUGCCAGAGGAGACAGAGUGUUUGGUGUGGGGAAGCAUGCUCUGGCUGUGUCGCUUCCACCAAGACAUUGGGCCGGGCGAGGAGAUAGCGCGACGACUGAUCGAGCUGGAGCCCUUCAACAGCUCUCGAUACGCCCUGCUGUGGAAUGUGUACGUUGCAGCAGGUCGGUGGGAAGACGCAGGGAAGGUGAUGGAGAUGAUGAAGCACCGAGGGCUGACUGCCAUCCCCGGUCGAAGUCUUUCAGACCUGAACGAGAUUGUCCACAACUUUAAGGUAGGAGACGGGUCGAGGGCGGAGAUGGAAGGCAUCCGUUUGCUGAUGGGUGAAUUGGCAGCAAGGUUCAGACUGCAGACUGAAGGAAUGGCGGAUUCAGUGGAAGGUGGGUAG